AUGAAAUUCCUUCACAAUGGACAUCCGGGGAUAUCUGCCAUGAAAGCACUGGCCCGUUUUUAUGUGUGGUGGCCGUCAAUCGAUGAUGACCUUGAUAUGUGGGUAAAGAGAUGUUCUAAGUGCCAAGAAAAUCGCCCUAACGUGGCGGAGCUGCCGGUGUACUCGUGGUCUGUGCCUGAUGAGCCAUGGGAGAGAGUUCACGUGGAUUUUGCGGGUCCUUUUGAGGGCAAAUAUUGGUUGGUGCUAUGUGACGCACUUUCCAAAUGGAUCGAAAUUAAACCAAUGUCUACAAUCACAACAAGCAGGCUCUGCAGUGAACUAGAUACUAUUUUUACUUCACUUGGACUUCCACAAAUUAUAGUUUCGGACAAUGGUCCUCAAUUCGCAUCUCAAGAAUUUCAUGAAUACUGCAGAUACAAUGGUAUCAGACACGUUAAGUCUUCACCUUACCAUCCAAGAACGAACGGGUUGGCUGAACGGCUAGUUCGUACUUUCAAAACCAGGAUGUCUGCUAGUAUUAGUGACGGAUUAAGUUUAAAAAAACGUUUGGAAAACUUUCUGUUUACUUACCGUAUUACUCCUCGAAUCGAUACUGGUAAAUCACCAGCAGAAAUACUUUUAGGACGACAACUACGUUGCCUCUUAGACAAUAUUAAACCAAAUCCUAGAAUGUCCCUCCGCUUCAAACAAUUUCAAGCUAACAUUGAACAUGACAAGGAAAUAUAUUUCAAUCCAGGAGAAACUGUUUUUGUACGCUCUCGAGACAAUAAAUCAUGGAAGCCUGCCACAGUAGCCCGUCGUACACAUCGUUAUUCAUAUUUAAUUAAUACACCUAUUGGGGUAAAGAAAUACCAUGCGGAUCAAAUAAGAAAACGUGUAAUUGAAUGA